GCCAUAUAAUGUUUGUCCUUCUCCGCUUGACUUACUUCACUCAGCAUAAUACCCUCCAGGUCCAUCCACGUCGAAGCAAAUGGUGGGUAUUUGUCGUUUCUAAGGGCUAAUAUUUUAAAAUAAGUUCCCACGCUGCUUUCUCCCUAAGUGCUUCCAGAAGGACAUGUCCUUCCAUGACCCAGGGCCAUUAUCCAUCCAACACCACUGUGAGCAGCACCACUGGGCCCCCGCCCGCUGUCCUCCGAGAGCCGCCCCGCAGUCUCCUGUCAGAGUCCCCGGUGCCUUUGACUCCCCUUUCCUGCACGCCAGCGUCUCAUCAGGAGGGUGCACUUGACUACUGGCCGUUUUUUUUUAAGAUUUUAUUUAUUUAUUCAUGAAAGACCCAGAGAGAGAGAGAGGCAGAGACACAGGCAGAGGGAGAAGCAGGCUCCCUGCGGGGACUCAAUCCCAAGACCCUGGGAUCACGACCUGAGCCGAAGACAAGAGCCGAAGACAGACGUGCUGGUUGCUUCCUCACAGGGCACUUGAUGGAAGCUGCACCCAUCGCGAGACAGCCUGCCCUUGGGCACUGGGCCCACCGACCACACAGGACAGUCCGCCCUUGGCCUGACUCUAAGGCUUGUCUGCACCCCUGCGAUGGCAGCCAUCCUCUUGAAGGCCAGACCCAAGGUGCUGGUAUCAUUUGAAGACGUGUCUGUGUACUUCACCAAGACAGAAUGGAAGCUUCUGGACCUCCGACAAAGGAUCCUAUACAAGAGAGUGAUGCUGGAGAACUAUGGCCAUUUGGAGUCACUGGGCUUUUUGUCCUCCAAGCCUCACCUGGUCUCCUGGCUGGAACAAGGAGAGGGGCCCUGGGGAGCAGACAUGUGUGGAACACCGGCCGCCGCAGGGAUACAGACAGACGACAGGAUCAAGACCAGGACAUCGAUUUCGAAGCCGAAACAUUGCUUAGAGGAACUCCCAAGGACCGACCUUCCAGCCGGUAAUAACAAGAGCCAGGGAGCCGGGCCACCGGGGGACACACCGGGGCACAGAGGGAAAGCUGCUUCUUCUCCAGAGGCAGGCUGCAGCGGGGGUGACCGCCCCGGGGACGAAGGCCAGAGCGGCUGCCCGGGCGAGGCAGGAGAGGCGAGGCAGGGCAGUGGCCGGGGGGCCGGGCCGGGGCCGGUCCUCGGGCCGCGCUGCUCGGCCGCCGCGGAGAGGCGCUACCUGUGUCAGCAGUGCGGCAGGUCGUUCACGCGCAGCUCCAACCUCAUCAAGCACCGGGUGGUGCACAGCAGCGAGAAGCCGUACGCGUGCCCCGAGUGCGGGAAGCUCUUCGGGCGCAGCUUCGCGCUCCUGGAGCAUCGGCGCAUCCACAGCGGCGAGAAGCCGUACGCGUGCCCCGAGUGCGGGAAGACGUUCACGCGCAGCUCCAACCUCAUCAAGCACCAGGUCAUCCACAGCGGCGAGAAGCCGUUCGCGUGCCCCGAGUGCGGGAAGCCCUUCCGGCGCCGCUUCGCGCUCCUGGAGCACCGGCGUGUGCACAGCGGCGAGCGGCCGUACGCGUGCCCCGAGUGCGGCAAGGCCUUCGGCCGGAGCUCCAACCUCAUCGAGCACCAGCGCACCCACGGCGGGGCCAAGCCCUACGCGUGCGGCCAGUGCCUGAAGGCCUUCAAGGGCGUCUCCCAGCUCAUCCACCACCAGCGCGUGCACAGCGGGGAGAAGCCGUUCGCGUGCAAGGAGUGCGGGAAGGCCUUCCGGGGAUGCUCGGGGCUCAGUCAGCACCAGCGCGUGCACAGCGGCGAGAAGCCCUAUGAGUGCAGCGAGUGCGGCCGGACGUUCGGCCGCCGGGCCAACCUCUUCAAGCACCAGGCCACUCACCACCAGGAGAGGCCCCACGGGCGCCGAGACUGUGGGCGGGCGUUCCCGAGCGGCUUCGUGCUCCUGGAGCACCGGCGGGAGCACCGGCUGGCGCCCGGCGGCGAGGGUGGCCCCGGCGCCCAGCUGCCCGGACAGCAGCGCGCCCCGGAGGGCAAGGAGCCCUGUGCAGGCGGCCAGGGCGCCACGGGUGGCGAGUGUGGCAAAGCCUUCGAGGGCAGAUCGUGGCCGGGCCGUCCUCAGAAGACCCGUGGUGCAGGGAAGCCCUCGGAGAAGAGUGGCGGCAAAAAGGCGCUGGCGUCCUUGGCCCUCCGAAGAGCCGCGUCUGAGCGGCACCCCACGGCUCGGAGACUCCAGGGAGACCCGGGAUGUGCGGCCGCCCCCAGCGCGGUGUGACGGCGCCGGUCCAGGACAGGCCUGGGAUUAGGACACGGGGCCCCCCCGGCUCCCCUCCCUGUGCUCAGUGACGAUGCGGCGUGCACCGGCGUGCCGGCACACGUGCAGAGCGGACAUCUGGGCAGAUGCACGCAGCUACGCAUGCAAGUGCGAGGACAGCCGGCCGUGGGCUCGGGUGCCUGGGGCUCCGGGGGAGCAGUCUGUCUCCUCCUGUGGGACCGUUCGCCUCACACCAAGACUUGUUAGUGUUUCCAGGUAGAAGCACUGAAAGCACUUUAAUCCUCUAGGAGCCUGUAGAUGGAGGGGACUGGAGAGACUUCUAGAACCAGGCCGUGGCCGGACUGGGACAUCACCUCAAAGUCAUCGCGAAAGGGUCUGAGGUUGGACUCAGGGCCAGUAAACUCAUGGACUGCUCGUGCCCAGUUGUCAGGCCACAGGAGGUGACGCCUCCCCUCUGAGCCUGUUGCCCCGUGGGCAGAAACAGGACAGCAUCUGUCCCUGUGCCUGAACACUGCCUCCCAUGGGCACCCCCGGCUGCCUCUAGAGGCCAAGCAGCGCCCAGGUCCCCUCUUCUCGGAGCCCUGGGCCAGGGCGGGGGGACGGGGGACCCUCCGGCCUCUCCCGUCAGUGUGGGCUCCGGGUAAGACAGGGCACCAGCUGCCCCCCUGCCCCCCAGGCUCACCCUCCUCGCUGCCUUCUGCCCCCCCAGACCCCCAGCAAUGACCACCCCGGCCUCCCUGCCCCUCCUCCCACCCUCAGUGCCUGAAGCUUCACACUUAGCUGCUCCCCCUCAAGCAGCCGCCCACCCCCCCCACGUCGAGGCUGCUGCCGAUCGUCGGAUCGGAAAAGAAACAGGAUGGGUUCGGAUUUUGCACAGAGCGGGCCCCGUAACGGCUCUCUCGUUCGAUCUGCCUUUCACAGGACAUUUUUAUAAU